AUGAGGGCUCGGGAGGUCAAGGCGUUCAAAUUAUGGUACUCAAGUGGUGCUAGGGGAAAGAACAUGGUAAGUAUUUUAGUUGAUAGGGAUCCUAGGGAGCUAGUGGUGGAUGUUAGGAGGGUGAAAGAUAGGCUGAUGAGUAUUAAACUAGUGGUUGGUGGUUUCACAUUAAACGUGAUUUCUGCUUACGCGCCUCAAGUGGGCCUCGACGAGGAGGUCAAAAGCCACUUUUGGGAUGUUUUGGAUAAGGUUGUGCGUGGUAUUCCGCACACCAAGAAGCUUUUCAUAGGAGGUGAUUUUAAUGGCUAUGUUAGGGAGAAUACUAGGGGUUAUGAUGAGAAGAAGGAGGACUACUUUGUCACUUUCUGGAGUACGGUAGCCAAGACUCAGAUUGAUUACCUUCUCUUCAAAAGGUGUGAUAAGGGUCUUUGUAGUGAUUGCAAGGUUAUCCCGAGUGAGUGUCUAUCGAUACAACAUAGGCUCUUAGUAAUGGAUUUGGAGAUCAAGAGAGUAAGGAAGAAGAAAGCAGUGUACGGUCAGCCUAAGAUCAAGUGGAGAGCCUUGACUAAUGAUAAAGCUCAAGAGUUGGGGGAGAAGUAUUUGGAUAUGUGUCCCGACCUGAUCAAGCAAGACUAUCUGGUGCCUACCAACCAACCCUUCCCAUGA